AUGGCGACCGCCUUUGUGAAACCUUCAUAUCUCACUCUUUGUUUUGACCAAACUCCUCAUGAUCUCCAUGAAUUCAAUGUCCGCCAUUUCCUGCAAUGCAACAACAAUAACACACUGCACUCCCUGAUACCGGUAACGGAUUCCGAACACCUGGAUGAUGAUGAUCUGGGAUACUACCCGGAUGGCACCAAACGAACCCUUACAGACCAGCAGAUCGAAAUCUUUAGGCACAGCGAGAUACAAAAGUUGCAGCGCGAGAGGAGACGGAAAGGGAUAGCUGGCAGAGAACCAGCUGAAGGCGAACCCUCAGCUGACACAACCAGGAGCUCUUUAACUGUUGCAGGCCAGUUGGCGGCCAAUGAAUAUAGCCAAGCUUCACAGGAACAUGAACAGGAAAGCUUCGAAAGCACCGGGAAAUCAUGUCACGAGCUGGACAAGCGGUCAACGGAAGAAACGGAAGAAGCCACAAUCCAAGAUUCGGAUAAAAUUGCCAGAAACUCGCUGAAGAAUGUGGACCAAAGAAAGGCCUUAGGAAAUUCUCAGAAACAAUUGUCAACCGGCACGAAUCCCUUUGGCCGACGCUUGAUAGCAAGCCGUGGAAAUCCUGCAAAACGCUGUCUCAACGGGGAUGUUUCACCAUUGCAAGCCAACCGAACUUUGCGACUUGGAUGCUCACUGUUACCUGCCGCAGCAGCAUGUCCAAUCUGUACUAAGGUUGUGUUGGACAACUGGACCCAUGGAUACUUGUCCGCCGUGCUUGGAUGGAGCUUUCUUGUCCUUAUCCAAACGUGCAAAGGUAUGCCAUUUGGGAAGGGGAGGGCGUUUGAACCCAAAAUAAAAAUUUCAAUUGUUGCUAUCUGGCUUGCGGAGGUCUAA